AUGAAAUCGAGUUUCCUAGAUGAAGGUGAAAGCCAUUUGCAAGGGCUGCCGGCCGAAUUGGAAGAAUGGGGCGUGGAUUGCCCCGAAGGAACAGUCCCUAUUAUCCGAAAGACAUCGGAAAACGUCCCUGACAUUAAGGAUUAUGUUCCAUCGUUCUUUGUUGAUGACGUGAAAAGCCUCCACAACAAAUCCUUUCCCGUUUUCGCUUCUUACAAUAAAGGACACGAGUACGCAGUAGUGCAAACGAUCGGCAAGGGGACCUUCCGUGGAGGCCAAGCGAUCCACAAUGUGUGGACUCCUCACACAGAGACUGGAGAAGCGAGCAUCUCCCAGAUUUGGAUUUAUGCGGGCCCUGAUGAAACCGUCAACACCGUGGAGGCUGGGUGGGCAAGUGAUGGAUACAAAUCAUCAGGCCCAGGUUUCGUGCAAACGAGCAAAUACUAUGGUCCUGGUUCUACCAUAUCAUCAACAUCCACCUACAACGGAAAGCAGUUUGAAAUAAAUAUACAAAUUAGACAGGAUCUGUCUACGCAGCAUUGGUGGCUCCGGUUGAACGACAUGGACAUAGGUUACUGGCCAGGCUCGAUCUUCAACAGUCUACGUGGUGGUGCUGAUGGCGUAUAUUGGGGUGGUGAAAUUUAUAAUAGCGAAAAGAAUGGGCAGCACACGACGACUCAAAUGGGGAGUGGUCAUUUCCCUCGUGACGGAUACUAUACAAAAUCAUCCUUUAUCAGGAACCUUGCUUACAUCCUAAAUAAUGGUCCGAUGCAACCUGUGCCCAAGGCAGCCCUUGUGACGUAUGUCUCCAAACCUCAGUGCUACGACCUAGUGAUGGGACCUUCGGGCCUGAAUUUCGGAACUCAUUUCUACUUUGGGGGUCCUGGACUCUCCUCGCAAUGCCCAAAAUAGCUAGUGAAGGCAUAAAUAGGUGGAACUAUUGAACAAAAGUGACACUGGUUAAGCUAUUCAUAUAA